AUGGCAGCACGAGGCGCUCGGGACACUUGUCGUGUUGUCCGCGGCCACGUAGCUCAGGCAGUCCGAGAGCUUCACCACGAUCUCCGAGCAGUCCACCGCCGGCGCCGGAGAAUGAUUUUUGGCGACCGCGAGUGCGACCAGCAACGAGAGGAUGAGCGCGUGAAUCGCGGGAUCCCGACCCACCUUAGCAACCUGCAAGACGGCGAAACCCAAGGGGAGAACCCGCCAUCUCACCCGAUGAAUAGGCCACCGCCACUACUGACGUCUCUGAGAUUCGACCGCAAGGCUCGGAGGAUGCCGCUGUCGUGGUGCCCCGAAGGCCCUGCUGGAAGAAGGCACGCGAAUUAG